AUGUUCUGUCCCUUCAGAGUAACUAGCCGAUCAGAGGACAGUACUAGGGACCACGAGGACAGUACUAGGGACCACGAGGACAGUAGUAGGGACCACGAGGACAGUAGUAGGGAUCACGAGGACAGUACUAGGGACCACGAGGACAGUAGUAGGGACCACGAGGACAGUACUAGGGACCACGAGGACAGUAGUAGGGACCACGAGGACAGUACUAGGGACCACGAGGACAGUACUAAGGACCAUGAGACCAGUACCGGACCGAGGACAGCAAGUGGUAUCAAGAGGAAGCCAGCCACCGGUAUCAAGAGAAAGCCAGCCACUGGUAUCAAGAGGAAGCCAGCCACUGGUAUCAAGAGGAAGCCAGCCACUGGUAUCAAGAGGAAGCCAACCACUGGUAUCAAGAGGAAGCCAACCACCGGUAUCAAGAGAAAGCCAGCCACUGGUAUCAAGAGGAAGCCAGCCACUGGUAUCAAGAGGAAGCCAGCCACUGGUAUCAAGAGGAAGCCAACCACUAGUAUCAAGAGGAAGCCAACCACUGGCAUCAAGAGGAAGCCAGCCACUGGUAUCAAGAGGAAGCCAGCCACUGGUAUCAAGAUGAAGCCAACCACUGGUAUGAAGAGGAAGCCAACCACUGGUAUCAAGAGGAAGCCAGCCACCGGUAUCAAGAGGAAGCCAGCCACUGGUAUCAAGAGGAAGCCAGCCACCGGUAUCAAGAGGAAGCCAGCCACUGGUAUCAAGAGGAAGCCAGCCACCGGUAUCAAGAGGAAGCCAGCCACCGGUAUCAAGAGGAAGCCAGCCACAGGUAUCAAGAGGAAGCCAACCACCGGUAUCAAGAGGAAGUCAGCCACUGGUAUCAAGAGGAAGCCAGCCACCGGUAUCAAGAGGAAGCCAGCCACUGGUAUCAAGAGGAAGCCAGCCACCGGUAUCAAGAGGAAGCCAACCACCGGUAUCAAGAGGAAGCCAGCCACCGGUAUCAAGAGGAAGCCAGCCACUGGUAUCAAGAGGAAGCCAACCACCGGUAUUAAGAGGAAGCCAGCCACCGGUAUCAAGAGGAAGCCAGCCACCGGUAUCAAGAGGAAGCCAACCACCGGUAUCAAGAGGAAGCCAGCCACCGGUAUCAAGAGGAAGCCAGCCACUGGUAUCAAGAGGAAGCCAACCACCGGUAUUAAGAGGAAGCCAGCCACCGGUAUCAAGAGGAAGCCAGCCACUGGUAUCAAGAGGAAAGUCAAGCGACCAGUGUUUCAGUCUGUGUUUCGACGCUAUGAUUAG